AGGACCAACAAAUAAAGUCUUUGGAGAGAAAAAGAUGGUUUGAGAAUGAAGGCCUACAGCACCCAGCCCAAGAAAUCCACUGUUGUGAUACUCCAUGAAAUUCAGUCCAGGAUGGAGUACUGACCAAUCUCUAUCAUAACUAAAGCAACUGUGUGAGCUUUCCCUCAUUGACAGUUGGACUAGAUCUUGUAGGUCCUUUCCAACCUUGUGAUUCUGUGAUUCUGUGAUCGUCACAGAAGCGUAGCAUCCAACUGUGAUGUCAGCAGGACAAAUGAAUAGUGUGAUAUCACAGCCUGGUUGCCCCUGUCAGAGGAUGUGGCUGUGGAAGCAUCACUGUCCUGAAUAUUGUGAAGAGCAUUUGUCCAAGAGUGGGAUGAAAAUGCUUCUCUUUACUUUCUGGGUGUUAACUUCUCUAAUCAGCAGCAUCCAUGCAGAAGGUCUUUCCAGAGCUUAUGUGUUCUUCAGAAGUCACCAGCCGAUCAAAAUGGCUGCUACCCAGUCUGCAUACUCACACAAUGAGUGUGGCCUCCGACCAUCUUUUGAGUCCUUUCUGUGGACUGGCAAGAGGAUCACAGGUGGGAGAUAUGCCAAGGCUGGAGAGUUCCCAUGGCAAGUGAGCAUCCAGAGCAAUGGGAAACACAUCUGUGGAGGCAGCAUAAUCAGUGCGUUGUGGAUCCUGACUGCGGCCCAUUGCUUUGCAGAUGAAGUGCCACCAGAUAUUAAGAUUGUAAUGGGAGCAGUUGACCUUGACCUCCCACUGGAAGUACGUGAGCCAAGCAAGUUGAUCCUCCAUGAAGACUUUGACAGAAUAACCUUGAAGCACGAUAUUGCUCUGAUCAUGCUCAACUAUCCCAUUGAAUUCAGCAACGAGAAAAUCCCCAUCUGCUUUCCCUACAUGGAUGACAUCAGUUCAUGGCAACACUGCUGGGUUGCUGGAUGGGGAAUGACAGGUGCAGUGUCAGCAUCCCACGUGCUGCAGAAAGCAAGGAUGAAGCUCAUCAGCCGGGAGGAGUGCUUGGACCAGAUACCAAAGCUACCAAAGGAUAUGUUAUGCAUUGAGCUGGAGCAAGGAUCCUGCCAGGCCAGGGCAAGAAGCUGAAAGGCCAAGGACCUGCCUAUCUGAUGUACAGCAAGUGCACAUAGACCCAAACACUGUGGGACGGAGCAGGUGGAGGUGGACAGUGGGGGACCCCUGGUUUGCAGCUACUGGAACACCAUGAAGUGGUUUCAGGUCGGCGUCAUCAGCUGGGGAGACAAUUGUGCAGCAAGGCCAUAUUAUCAGUUCUACACUUCUGUCUAUAACUACUAUGAGUGGAUCAAGACUGAGACAGCCAUGACGGGGAAACCUUUCUUAAUCGAAGGCAUAGCUAAACAUGUUGUGAGUACCACAGAGGUUCAUUCUGAGGCCAAAGCUCAGCUGGUGUUUCUUGAGUCUGCUGUCCUUUUAUUUGCUUCUCAAGUGGCAAUUGGAUUAUUCUAGAGCAAUUUUUUCAAAACAUAAUAAAAGUCAGAAUGACUGUCUUCUUCUUUUGCUUCAGAACCAUAAAGUUGUAUCUCAGGUCAGCAUGGUCCAUCUCACUGAGGUGGAUACAGACAGCCAAGUGUGUUCAGACUAGAGAGUGAUAUAGGGCUGGAGACUUGAAAGGAGAGAGCAAGGAUCCAGAUUUUCCAGACUAAGAGGGUUACAUCUGGCUCAAUCGUUUGCUAACUCAGAAGAAAUGUCAAGAUGCAGCACCUCAAGGAGAGCUGAAACCUUAAGAAAGAUCUUAGCUCACUCGGUUGCAAAUUAGUUUAGCUACGACAUAACUCUGGGUUAAUAUAUCCUACAGCUAACUAUCUGUUCAUAGGAUCAUAGAAUAUCUUGAGUUGGAAGGGACCCAUAAAGCUCAUUGAGUCUGCUCCACUCAGCACCACCCAAAAAUCAAACCAUGUGGCUGAGAGGGCUAAUGUCUUCUGUCUUCAAGUUGGACCAAACUAAGACUUCCGGAUCAGGGUGGUGUGUUGAGCUGCUGGGAAGUGACUACGUGUCAAACUCAUCUAUAUCUCCUUAAGCUAGAAAAAGGACAAGAAAGCCAUUGGGCAGUGUUGGAAGCUGUAGCUUCAUCUAACUGGUUGGUCCUAUUGCUAUGGGUUGCAAACGGUACCUUUGUGUUUGUGUUUCUAAAGACACUGGAGAAAGGAUCUGGCUAGCUGGAAGGAACUGCUCCUAAGUGUCCAAAAAGUGCUGUCUUCAGAAGUCCCUUGUUUUAGUAAUAACU